AACCCCCAAGCCUCAUUGCAUACAUCUCACAGACAUCACCGACGGGUAACAAGAUCCUUUUGCGUUUGCAUAAAUACCCAAUUGGGUAUUGCGCGCUUUUCAGUUCCACUUCUCUUGGAAGGCAAAGUACGAGCGCAAAGUAGAAGAACAGGAAAAGGAAUAGAAUCAUUUUAGAAAUGGCAGCUGAAGUUCCAACAAUUCCUCUGCUUACUCCUUACAAACUGGGGAAGUUCAACCUGUCUCAUAGAGUAGUUUUGGCACCAAUGACCAGAUUGGGAUCUUAUGGCAACGUUCCUCAGCCUCAUGCUAUUUUAUAUUAUUCUCAGAGAACCUCUAAAGGCGGUUUUCUAAUAGCUGAAGCGACUGGAGUUUCUGACACUGCUCAGGGGUAUCCUAAUACACCUGGUAUAUGGACAAAAGAGCAAGUUGAAGCAUGGAAACCCAUCGUAGAUGCUGUUCAUGCCAAAGGUGGAAUCUUCUUUUGUCAGAUUUGGCAUGUGGGGAGGGUUUCAAAUCAAGAUUUUCAGCCAAAUAGGCAAGCUCCAAUUUCUUCUACAGACAAGCCUAUGACCCCAUUCGAUGGCUCACAGCCGACUCCUCCGCGGCGGCUAAGGACAGAUGAAAUUCCUCAAAUUGUCAAUGAUUUUAGAGUUGCCGCAAUGAAUGCUAUUGAAGCUGGUUUUGAUGGAGUUGAGAUCCAUGGGGCUCAUGGUUACCUCGUUGACCAAUUUAUGAAAGAUGGAGUGAAUGAUCGAACAGACCAAUAUGGUGGAUCUCUUGAAAAUCGUUGCCGGUUUGCUUUGGAAGUAGUCGAAUCUGUUGCUAAUGAGAUAGGAGCGGACAGAGUUGGAAUAAGGCUAUCUCCUUUUGCAGACUAUAUGGAAUCUGGAGACUCUAAUCCAAAAGCAUUGGGACUUUACAUGGCGGAGUCUUUAAACAAAUAUGGGAUUCUUUAUUGCCAUAUGGUUGAGCCAAGAAUGAAGUCAGUUGAUGAAAUAGUUGAAUCCCCACAUAGUCUUCUGCCAAUGAGAAAGGCAUUUAGGGGUACUUUCCUUGUUGUUGGGGGUUAUAACAGGGAAGAUGGGAACAACGCUAUCGCUGAAAACCGUGCAGAUCUUGUUGUUUAUGGUCGUCCGUUUUUAGCCAAUCCAGAUUUGCCUAGGAGAUUUGAGCUCAAUGCUCCGCUCAACAAGCACAACAGAGAAACAUUCUACACAUUUGAUCCUGUUAUUGGUUAUACUGAUUAUCCAUUUCUUGAAGACACUGCAUAGGUUUGCAAAGGAGCCUAUGGGAAUUUAAAUUGUCUAAAUUUACCCCUCUUUUAAAUCCAAUGUAUUUUUAGUGUGUAUUCUCUUGUAUUGUACAAGAGCAAGAAAAACUCUUAAUAACUUCACAGCGCAAGAGUUGCACAUUUGGUGGAGCUGAUAUGCCUGAGUAAUAAUUUGAAAUGCCAUUUGGCCAUUACAUAUUGAG